AUGUUCGAACAAUCAGCAACGGUACCUCUGUGGGUUAAUGGGGAGGAGAAGAGCUCUUCGUCCACCUUUGAGGUUAUCUCGCCCAUCGACCAGAAAAAGCUUUACUCAUGUUCCGGUGCUGGGGAAGAGGAAGUCGAAGCCACGAUCAGUGCUGCCGAACAGGCACUAGAGUCAUGGUCGCAGACUAAGCCUGAGGAGCGGCGACGAAAUCGCGGAAUACUCGAACAAGGAGACUGGGGCCCAGCCUCAAUGUUUGCUUUCGAGGUUGGCCUUGCCAUCGCAAUGUUGAGGGAUGUCGCUGGCAAGAUCUCUGCUGCUUCAACCGGACUCCUGCCUGUCGUCUCCCAGCCGGGUCAGAGCGCGAUGCUGGUGAAAGAGCCUUACGGCGUGGUUCUUGGAAUUGCUCCUUGGAACGCCCCUUGUAUCCUCGGAAUGCGAGCUUUCGUCCAGCCGCUCGCCAUGGGAAAUACGGUCAUCAUUAAAGGUCCCGAAGCAGCUCCAGGCGUUUACUGGGCAUUGUCGUCGGUCAUGCACGAAGCCGGUCUUCCCAAAGGAGUUCUAAACACCAUCUACCAUCGUCCAGCUGACGCAUCGAAGAUCACUACUGCUCUCAUCGCGCAUCCAGCUGUCAAGAAGAUCAAUUUUACAGGUUCUACCAAUGUUGGCGCCAUCAUUGCUUCUCUUGCUGGGAAGUAUUUGAAACCCACAGUUAUGGAACUCGGCGGUAAAGCGCCGAGUAUUGUCUGCGAAGACGCAGACGUGCAGACUGCAGCGCUACAGGUAUCUCUAGGGUCUUUCCUGCACGCCGGGCAGAUUUGUAUGGCCACCGAGCGGAUCCUGGUUCACAAGAACAUUGUCGAUAAGUUCCGACCUGCUCUGAAGGCUACAAUGGACAAGCUUCAGCCCGAACUAGGCGUGCCGCAACUUGUGACUGCUGCUCCCGUCGAGAAAAACAAGAAGUUGAUUUCAGAUGCUGUUUCGAAAGGAGCAGGAGUGCUCUAUGGCGAUGCAAAAGCGAAUGAGGAGUCAAAGACAAAGAUGCGACCAGUCAUCGUCGAGAAUGUGACGGAGAAGAUGGACAUCUAUCAUACUGAAUCAUUUGGACCAACCGUGUCCUUAUUUGUGGUUGAGUCGGACGAGGAGGCUAUCAAGAUCGCGAAUGAUACAGACUACGGGCUUAGCUCUGCUGUCUUCACAGGAGACCUUCGACGUGGCCUCAAGAUUGCGAAGCAGAUCGAGACUGGGGCAGUCCAUAUCAACAGCAUGACUGUACACGAUGAGGCCAAUCUGCCUCAUGGCGGAGUGAAGAAAUCAGGAUUCGGUCGUUUCAAUUCAGCGGCUGGGUUGGAGGAAUGGACUCGCUCUAAGGUGAUUACAUGGAAUGACUAA